GUAUUUUACGUUGACAGCCCGGCUGCAUACGUCAACAGCAGGUGAAAGGUCAUGUAGGAAAAGAUGGCGGCGUCCAGGGGAGCAGUAGUGUUAAAGACUGUUAAGAAAAUCAUUGUACAGUUUUGCCCAUUUGAAUCUAAUGUCCGCUCCACAAGAGAGUUUCUCAUUGUGGUCGGGUCUGAAAAAGCCAGAGCCACAAAUAUGAACUGUGAAGUUAUCACAGAAGUAAAGCAUGACCGAUCCGAGCCUACGAUUGACAUCACAUUUUUGGAUGGAGAGAGGCUGCUGAUGAAGGGAUCCAAACUAACCACACAAGAAUUGCUCUCAGCCUUACAAACCCGAUGCAGUGCUAAAGACCCUCAAGCUAAAGCAGGAGACAAAAAGUAGUCUAGUUCUUUUGUAUUUAUAUGUCUCUUCAUGUGUAAUAAAAUUGUUAUCUAUCA